UUGUACAUUUACUUAAUUUCUUUUCAGGGACCAUCCAACAAAGACAUGGAUACUGAAAAUGCAACCCUGCUGACAGAGAUUGUUCUCACAGGACUUAUAUAUCAACCAGAGUGGCAAAUUCCUCUGUUUCUCUUGUUCUUGGUGAUAUAUCUCAUCACCAUUGUGGGGAACAUUGGCCUGGUUACUCUCAUUUGGAAUGACUCUCGACUUCACAUCCCCAUGUACUUGUUCCUCGGUUGUUUAGCGUUUGUGGAUACAUCACUCUCAUCCACAGUGACCCCCAAAAUGCUGGUCAGUUUCUUUGCCAAGAGUAAGAUGAUAUCUUUUUCUGAAUGCUUGAUACAAUUUUUUUCCUUUGUAGUCACUGCAACCACAGAAUGUUUUCUCUUGGCAAGUAUGGCAUAUGAUCGCUAUGUAGCCAUAUGCAACCCUUUACUUUAUCCAAUGGUUAUGACCAAUAGACUAUGUAUCCAGCUGUUAGUCUUAUCAUUUGUAGGUGGUGUUCUUCAUGCCUUAGUUCAUACAGGUUUUUUAUUCAGAUUAACCUUCUGUGGUAACAACAUUUUACACCACUUUUAUUGUGACAUCAUGCCACUGUUUAAGAUUUCCUGUACUGACCCUUUGAUUAAUGUGCUGAUGGUUUUUAUUUUCUCUGGAUCAAUACAGCUGUUCACCAUUCUCAUUGUUCUUGUCUCUUAUACACUAGUGCUUUUUACAAUCGUAAAAAAGAAGUCUGUACAAGGCAUAAAGAAAGCCUUCUCCACCUGUGGAGCUCAUCUCUUAUCUGUCUCUUUAUACUAUGGCCCCCUUCUCUUCAUGUAUGUGCGGCCUAGAGCUGCACAAUCAGAUGAUCAAGAUAUGGUGGACUCUCUAUUUUACACAGUCAUAGUUCCUUUGUUAAAUCCAAUUAUCUACAGCCUGAGAAAUAAGAAAGUCACAGAUUCACUGACAAAAAUGUUAAAGAGAAAUGCUUAGUUGUCAGGGUAAUAUUUGUUCUCACUACUUAAAACAGUCACAAAAUUGUACAGAUUAGAUGUUGCUAUGUGUUGCUUAAUGUUCAGAGAUUUUGCCAUUAUAAUUUUCCUAAU